AUGUACGGGUUGUAUACAUUACCUCUAGAAGCAAUAAACGAGUUCAAAGCACAGCUUGUUCACGUUAUUCAAGGUAAACUAAAAGAUCAUUUUUCUAAGUCAAGUAGACAAACUAUUUCUUUACCUUGUCUGGAAAGUCCAGAUGCGUAUACACAAGUAGCUAAUUUAUUUAAUAAUUCAAAUUGGGGAUGCAAAUUUUUUAAUAAUAACCAGCAAACUUUUGUUGUGUUAUUUGAUGCGCAGGCUGAAGCAGAUGCUAAUCAAGAAAGUCUUUCUGAUCAACAUAGUAAUCGGGUUCCAAAAAAUAGGCUAAAAAGAUUUAACUUGCCUAAAUUAACGGUUGAGUGGAAAUAUAAGAAAAGUAAAGAAGAUGCAAAAAAUAAUAGAACUUCAGAAGGAUAUAUUAAUUUAAAAUUUUGUGCACAAUAA